AUGAUCAUCUCGUUGACGACCGAUUUCCAGCUGUUCCUCAACGCAGAACUCACAGGUUACGUCUGGCUCGUCGUGGAGGGUUGGUUUGUUCUUAGCAUUCUCUGGUCCAUCUCCUUCAUCCUACAGCUACGGAUUUGGGCACUUUAUAACCAUUCACGUAUAAUCGGAAUCUUCCUUAUUAGUUGCUCUCUGGUCCAAGUUACAGUGGUAUCAGUGUUUUGUGGACUUGGUGCGAGAGAUUCUCGCGUGGAGGUUGAACGAGUGGGAUUUCUGAGGCGUUGCAAGAUCACGACUAUCCCAAAUUUCAUGACCGGCUUCUGGAUUUCCUUGCUAUGCCUCGAAGCAAUUUUAUGCAGUUUAACCCUGGUUAAAGCCAUCGGACAUUAUUUACAUACUUCAUGUGUUCGUCGGGAACGUUUGCGCUACGUUCUUCUCAGAGACUCGUUGCUCUAUUCCCUUCUGAGCGCCGCAAUUUACACAUAUUGUCUCGUGAAUUGGCUGCAGAAUCUCGCUGAUUCUCUGGACGCCACAACUGGGUUAGCCAUUGCGGUUCCGUGCGUCAUGGCUGGACGAAUGAUGAUCAAUAUCCGGAAAGUCUAUGCAGAAACACUCACUGCCGUUACACAAGAGGAGCACGAGCUUGCGAUUAUGUUUAGGGAUUCUGCUGCUACCACGACUACAGCUACGUUGGCGUGCAUCUAG